UGCGGAAGUUACCCUACGACCCGUAAAAAAGGAGACAACCGACCGACCGACUGACAACAAACAACAACGGCUACCCGCAGCAUCCCUCCGGUACCCGCAGCCGGUCACACCGGUUAAACACGCUCAGACUUAGCCGCGCAGAGCUCACCGGACGCCGGAGCUGACCCGCUGGCUGUUUGUUGAUGUUUAUUUAACGGACAUUUCGACAAAAAAAUUGUUGUCGUUUCAACGUCCGUUCACGAUGACGAGUUACCGGGCGUUUCAUUCUCAGCUGACGUCCAUCAUGGAGGCUCUGGCCAAAGCCGCCGUGGCGGAGAUCUGCGAGCUGGUGGACGACAGCUACGCGGGGCUGCAGCUGGAGAUCAGCCGCAGCCGCAAGGAGAACGAGGCGCUGCGGAGGAAGCUGCAGCUGAUCGAGGGCAUCAUCCACCGGGGACACCGGGGGACCGUCGCGAUGUUGGAUUACGGCGGCGAGGAGGAGGCCGACGGGGGGCUGAUGAUGGAUUUCACUGUCGAACGUGCCUUGCCGACCGUUGCGGUGCAGCCGAAAGCCUCGAGUCUCAGAAGAAGCAGAAGGGUUCCUGCGUUGGAGGCGACGACACCUGUGACCCCUUUAACCAAAGAGGAUACUUUGUCGGAGGAGCCGAACGACGAGGACGUCGUGUUGAUAAAGGAGGAGACGUCAGGCGAGGAGGCGAUGAACGGUACCGACGCCACAGACAACAACCUGCUUCUCAACGAGGACGGAACAGAGGUGCAUCUGUCAGAAGCGGACGACAGUGAGGAAGGACCCUCGGGGAUGAUGAUCUCCUCCUCGUCAGCUGACGUGAGGAACACGUGGGAACACGGCGGCGGCGGCGGCAACAGGCCGCCGGAGCGAGUCGAGCCUCGAGAAUCCCACAGCGCACCGGGGUCUCCGGGCCCAGCAGGGGGCGCCGAGGACAACUCUUCAGACGUCGUGUUUGAUUUGGCGUCGGAGUCGGACUGCGAAGCCACAAGAAAACCGUUCCUCUCCGGGUCGGGGGGAAGCCCCGCCUCCCUGCACGGGGACAUGAAAAGAGGCGUGUCCCUGAUCAGCUCCCUCCCCUACGACACAGAGCUGGAUCUGUGCUCCUCCUGGACCAAUCAGGGGCUGCCGAGCAUGGUGCCCGUCCCUCACCAGCAGUACCUCAAGCCGGACCACCGGUCGACAUUACUGGACAAAGUGUCUGACUUGAACACUGCCAGUUUCCCGUUGGCGUUGGGCCUCGCCGCGUCCAGACUGGAACCUCUGGACCUGAACCGGUACUGCAGGGACAGACGCUUCGUCUGCAGCUACUGCGGCAAAUGCUUCACGUCGUCGCGGAGCCUGGAGACGCACGUGCGCGUUCACACCGGCGAGCGGCCGUACAGCUGCGCUCAGUGCGGGAAGCGCUUCACGCAGUCGGGUCACCUGAAGACGCACCAGAGCGUCCACACGGGGGAGCGGCCGUUCGCCUGCGAGCACUGCGGGAAGAGGUUCGCCGGGAAGCAGAACCUGAGGAUCCAUCAGCAGAAACACCAUCCCGCCGAGCAGAGCGCCGCUCCCGUUUAACCGUUUACCUCCCGUGUACCUCGGACGCUGCAGGGCCUGAACGUCAGAUUGACCUGCUGAAUUUUUUUAUGCACUCAUGGUACUGAGAGACCAGAACCUCACUGCUGAUACUGAACUUCUGAUUUCAACAGAUGUGUUUUUUUUUAAGUUGACAGCCUUUUUUAAAGAUGUUUUAGAAGAAUGUUGCUUUUAAAAAAAAACAAACUGAUCAAUACUUGUGACUGUUUUCAUCCUGUCAGGCCUUACAGACUUUUAACUGAUAGAAACCCGACACGGAGCAGAACCAGAACCAGACUGUGAUCCAGAUCAAUUCUUACCUCAAACAGAACGCGGGCCGUUUUGGGUCCGCUUCCAUACUUUAGGAAAAAAAGUGCCGACUGCGCCUGAUGAUGAAAAGUGAUUCCUGUAGCGAGCCGACAUGUAAGAAGCAUGUGAAUGUUCAUUGGUUGGUGUAUAUCUGGAAUUAAAAGCGUGCAGUUCA